AUGUCCGACAAUCCACGGCAUCGGCGGCGGCACAGGAUAGAUCCUGAGCGCGAGGGAACUGAUAAAGACUAUGGAGCACACAAGCGAACAUGGAGCGAAAUAUUCAUUAAACUCGGAUCUCUCCUGAUCCAGAUUGCCUCUCUCCAACGGCCGAUCUUCGGCCCACAGCGUCGACAGCCUCCUCCCGACCGCAAAUACCGUCAUGACCACCAUCGGCACCGCCAUGGUAGGACGAGAACCCCACCUCGGGGACGUCACAAGAGCCCCCACAGGCUUCAAAGAGACCGAAGCUAUAGAAGCCAUCGCAGGAAAGCCCCUUCCGGUUCAGAAACGGAUCUUAGGGGGGACCAGGAAGACAAAGACUCCCGGUCCACAGAAGUUGUAGCGGCAGAUCACUGGGAUGCCUUUCCCGAGCCAAAGAAUGCAGUUGCUCCUCUAAGCUCUGUUACGCUGUGCCCCAGUGACGUCCUCCAAAGGGAGGGCGCCCUCGAUGCCGGUACAACUCCUGAGACGUGGCCAGAGCAGCGAGAGAAAGGUUCGCAUAUUGCCCCUGUUGGCUCUUCUGCCUCUGCCGCCUCUCUUGUCCCUGUCGUCCCUGUCGUCCCUGUCAAGCCUGUCGACAAGCCUGUCGAGCCUGUCAAGUCUAUCGACUCAGUUGACUCUACUGUUUCCUCCCCAACUCAGGGAAUCGAGUGUCAGCCCAAAGCCUCAUCAGGCCAUGGCACCAUUGAAGCUGAGAGUCUUAACUCUCCGCAUUCGUCUUUCCCAGCCACACUGCCAGCUUUCCUCUAUCCGGGGUCAAUUGUCAGGAGAAAUGUAAAGGGUGACCGCCAUCCUUAUACUAUCCUCCACAUCGAACAGGAGGAGAACAAAGGCCCAAUUAUCUGGGCAUGUAUCUGCAAGAGCCGUAUUCGGCUCUGGAGGAUUCGACAACAAUAUGGGAAAACAAAAACAGGAGAAAGGCACUUCAUCUACUUCGGUGGCUUAGAACCCAACAAAGGUUUCAAAACCGAUGGCAUUGAAAUGCCAACAGUCCCAGAAGUCGAGAUCCAAGGCCCUCCCAUGCCCAAAUGCACGUACCUCGAGCUUAGGUCGUGUCAGGCUUUUGAACCUGGAGAUUUUAAGGGAUACUGGGAUGGCGUGGCACGCUAUCUAAAGCCUUCAAGUUUGGACAAGGUUAUAAACGAACUGUCCCAAACAAAUACCAAACAUACAUGGUUGCAAAAACAAAAAAGAGUCCUCCUGGGAGCGUCCCCGUCGCGCAACCGGAAAUACUCAUGA